AUGGCCGGGCACUUCAAUGAUGCCUGGCACAAUAUGCAGGGCAACGGUGUCGCCUACCGGCCGCCGCCCACCGUGGACGAGGCGAUUCCAUACUCGCCGUUCACUUCGAUAAUACCGUUCUCGCUGGAUGUCAUACCCUUCCCCACCGCCGAACCUCCCACGCCACCCUCUACCCUCACCCAGGAACAGCAGCAGGCCGCGAAGAGGGCUGUUGGUAUCUUGAACGACGAGAUCAACGGCCAGUCUACUGCUGCACAUCUCAGCAACACCCUACGUCAACUCAAGGGAUUGCUGGACCCCGAGAAGCUGCCAGAAUACAACUUCAAGUCGGUACCACAGCUCGCCACCCGCUCUUCAGAAAGUCCUAUCAAGUACAACAAUGGCACAAGCUCGAAAGUCACCUCAUUGCUGAGUCCCUUCGCGGCUAUGCUGUUGAACAAUACUGAGGUCUGUUUCUCUCCUUCCGGUAUCAGCGCGAACGAGCCACCGCGGGCCGUUCAACCUUCACAGCAAGCCACGCCGUUGCCGCAGCCACGAGCCGCACCGCAAACACACAUGCCCGGCAACGCCGUACAUUCUCAGAAGUCUUCGAUUCCCUACCCCUCCAGUGCACUCUCCUCCGCACCCAAUAGCACACCAUUGCGCCUUGGCCCAGCAGUAGUGAUCAAGCCUGCCACUGUGAAGAAAGAGGAGUACCAGCGUAUCGAUAACAUUGUGAUCUCCACACCCCCGUCGCAGAGAAACGUCGAAAGCAAUACGGCAAUCUUGAGACCGCACGAACGAGAAAUUGCCGACCGCAAAAUGGAGGACCUUGACUUUUUUGUGACAAGGUUAUCUGAAGAGAAGGACGACUUGGAUGCAUCGGGAAGCUUCGCCCGGGUGUCCACCGCUGACGGCGAAAUGAACAUCUUGGAAGCACGGGCAAUGGACCGUUUGUCUGACAAAAUGGCCAAUGUGAACAACCUUGGUCAUUUCGCUGAGCUUCCUGUCGACCUCAUUAUGCAGAUCCAGAGGCUCCUGGAGCCAAGUAUAACCUAUACAGGCCAGCUCACCCUCUUUCCCCUGGAUGACGACUGGUCCGAGAGCAUUGACAAAGCCAAGACAGCUCUUCAAGCGUCUAAAUUAAUACUCACAUCUAUGAUCGAUGGAUGUGAUGACUAUCGAUUGCGACCCGAAGAUACAGUCGGCGUCAUCAUCGACCUCAUCAAGGCGAUACGGAAUGAAUGCAUCAUGCCUGUGGUGCAAGCGCGACGCUCUGACAGUCUUUUUGACUCGGCGAACUCGUCCAGGAAAGGGCUGAUCACCAUCCUUCGAGGUUGUGGCGCAGUGCUUAGUCGCUUCGCUACUCUGAUCGGCAAAGUCAAUCUCCCGGAGCGCGGUCUCAACGUUCUAGAAGAUCUAACGGUUGGGUUAUUGGUUGAACAGAACAGUGACUCCGAAAAGGACUCUGUGUUCGGCAUCAAACCUUUUGAGUCCUUAAGACAGAAGGCUAUGGAUGUCCUCGCACAGAUCUUCGCUCGGCAUGCAGAGCAACGGCCUUCCAUUCUCAAUGGCAUUCUCAGUAAUCUGGAGAAAUUGCCCGACAAGAAAGCCAGCGCUCGGCAGUUCAAGUCAGCACGGGAGGUGCCGAUUAUGUCGAUAUCCGCACUCUUUAUGCGCUUUGUGCAAGUCGCGGCCAUGAACAGAGAGUCUCGGGCCAACCACACAACAGCAGAUGCAGCUGAGCCGGUGAAGGAAGAUGAAGACGGCGACUACGAAUCUGGCACUGCCGCGCCGCAGACGUCGAAAAAGAAGGGCAAGAGCAGUGCACCGCACCGGAUUGCUCAGGCUUUAGCACGUCAUGCUAGCAACAUUGCCACCACAAUCACUUCGAAUCUUGUCGACAGAGCAUCUAACGUUUCCAAAACCGGUGACAAGCCUUUUCGCAACUUGCUAGACCUCUUCAUAGAGGACUUCUGCAACGUCCUUGGGUCUCCUGAAUGGCCAGCUGCUGCUAUACUUCUCUCGACACUGUUGGUGCGCAUGGUAAGUAUGGUGCAUGGAGAAACUGCAGCAAAGCAAUCCGUUGUGGACAAAGAUAUGGCUCUCUCAACAAUAGCAAAGAUGGGUUGUGGCGUAAUUGACUUCAAACAUCGUCUAAAGCAGCUUAAGCGCGCGCUUGAUGCGUCACAGUCCGAGCUCUCUGCGAAGCUCGAUCGUCUUGCUGACGAUGCUCUGACUGACAACUCCAAGGAGAGCAUCAGCCCAAUGGACCUGUAUGAGUUUGAUGGCCCUUACCGUAUGGUCAUCGAAUCAUUAAGCGACUAUCUUGAAUUGCAGCGAGGCCAGGAAGAUCCGCAUCUUGAGUCUGUGACUGGCUGCCAUGUUACCCUUUGGCUAGACGCUGUUGUCCAGAACUUGACCGAAUUCUCUCCCGACUCACCACGCCCGCAAGCAGUCGAGAAGCUGCAGGGGCACCUGGAAGCUAUGAUCAUGGAUUCGAGAUGGCUUGACCGAAAGUAUAAGUUUCAAGUUGUUUCCGAGAUUCAAGCCAAGCUCGCAGCUGGUAUCGUCACGCUGCAAGCCCUAGUAUGCCAGAGACUGCCGCUUAUUGUCCAGCUCAUGCUGCAUUACACUCGAGAUAAAGCCUCCUCGAAGCUGCGUUCCAGGGGUAUGACGGGCCUGGAGCAGUUGAUUGAAAGGAAUCCCCGUGUGGUCGACGAAGCCACAGUGAGGAGUUUGGUCGGUUCCCUCCAAGACAGCUCACCUAUGGUACGCGAGCAUACGCUUGGGCUGGUCUCCCAAUGUUUAGAACACGAGCCUAGCUUAGAGCGCUUCUUCCUGUCAAGCAUCCUCAGGCUGACAACCGACCCUUCAAAUGGCCCAAAGAAAAAAGCCAUCAAGUUGCUGAAGGGUCUGUAUCUGGGCCCAACAUCGAAGGAGAACAAGUUACACAUCGCCUUCAACCUUCUCUUACCCUCACAAGACGAUGAAAAAGCCAUAGCAGAGCUGAGUCGCGGCGUCCUCGAGGAGCUGUGGUUGACUCCCACAGCUCCUGCUGCUCGUAGCGAUGAGCACCGAGUGAAGCUUGAUCGUGCCCAUAGAGCCAGCUUCAUGACAGAUGUGGUUCAUAUGAUUUUCUCGCAGCCGGUACAUCUCGAGGCCUUCGAAAAGUUCUUUACGUACGCUCUGUCUGGCGCAGCCAAAGGCAAAGACUCGAAUACUCGUUUGUGUAAGGAGCUUGUCGCCGAUCUGUUCGAUGGGGUCAUCAGCGCAGAAUCGACGACGGGUGCAAAGUCGUCACAAGCCCAGAUCCUGAACGCCCUCAGUAUAUUUGCCAAGGUGGAUUCCACCCUCUUCACCAUGGCUCAAGUCAACGACCUUAAGCUUUAUAUCCAAAACUUCGAGAAAUCGACCGAGCUGGCUCUAGUUCAACCGGUGGUUACAAUCUUUCGAUACACAAUCCCUACACUACCGUUCUUGCAACCCAAAUUCGCAGAAGACGUGCGAGUCAGCCUGAUGAGCAUGAACAGUAAGCUGGCAAACUGGGCAGGCCAGGGCCAUGGCCCCAGUCGAGACACUUUGACUGACGUAGCGCAUUGCCUGUGGAUCGUCAGCCCGAUGGUCGACACAGGCCUGGACAAACUAUUCGUCCUUAUGUGCAGCGUUCUCUGUCAACUACGACCAUUAGCGGCACUCACGAAGGAGCAGAUUCCGGCAAAGCGCAGAACCCUGUACCCCCUUCUCAUCCUGCUUGGCAUCUUCGGUAAGAUCUGCCCUUUCCACGAACAUACCGACAAGUUUCUGCAGGCAGUUGCGUCCUACGCCCGAAAGAUGAUCCAUUUGAAACAGGGUACUGAACAGAGCCUGGGGCCACUGAUCAAAGGAUCCUCUUCGGUCCCGAUUAUGUUCCUUGAUUCGGUGCGGCCUUUUACGAUGCAAGCCUAUGAUAUGGACAUACGCGAACACGCUAUGCGCAGUCUUGGUGGCAUCUGCCAGCAAUACCCAGAGCUGUUCAUGCGCGCAGAAGUGGAAAAGCUGAUCAAGCUUGUCUUCAUCAACCAAGACAAUGAUCGGUUGAAGCUUGUGGUGCUUUCCGCUUUUGAAGCCUAUUUUACACGCGCCGAGCGUCGUUCCGAGACAGGUUCAGCAAUUGCUGUAGGUGAGGGCGCCGCAACUGGUUCCGCACGCCUAGAAUCUUCAUACACCGCCACAGCAACCGAUGCUGCCACCACACACGUAGCGAAGCAAUUGUUGCGUAGCUUCAGAGACGUUGCGCUUAAGAACAACAAUGAGCUGGCUGAGAGGGCAACGAACAUCAUCUCGAGUAUCAGUCGCGCAGGCUUGGAGCAUCCAAAAGAGUGCGGUGCAGUUCUCGUUGCCUUGGCGACGUCUCAAAACCCUCGCAUUGCACAAGUGGCGGCCAUUGAACAUAAGAGAAUGCACGAGAAGCAAGAGUCCUAUCUAGAGAAGGAGUACGUCCAGGCUGUUCGCAUGGCCUUUGAUUACCAACGCGAUGUCUUCGACGAUCCCCACGGAAUGCUCCAGUCGAACCACACUCCCAAGCUUAUUCACCUCUUCGAUGCUCUGAAGGGUGGCAAAAAGGCCACAUUCAAGAAGUUUGUCGACAAUCUCUCUAUGCAGCUUACUUUCAAUCUCGCCACUCUGGAUGUUAGUGGCUCAAUGCCUGACGCUGUCUUGUUUGCUCGCUUUUGCCUGGAGAAUCUAGGUCUGGUUGACUUUACAACGCUCGAUAUGGUUGCCUCUUUCAUUGACAAGGUCGAAGCUAUUGUGUUGAAAGAUGCCGGGCCUCUGGUAGCUGGUGAGAUCGACAAGGAAAUGCCCAAGCCACUGGCGAACCAGCAGCCGGCUUUCGUAUCAAACAACUUGAACGAACAGCUCCAAGCGAUGGCUGUCGACCAAAGCAUGGGCCAGCCCCUUGCACCCGCCGUACCCACAUUGUCACAGCAGGCACCCCUUGAGGUUAGCGAUCCUAGAUUGCGGCAGCUCACAGUUGCCUGUAUGAUCUUACAUAUGAUCUGGGAAACGCGUACGUUCGUACGUCGCUGCUACAAUCUCCACAAGUACGGCAACCGCAUUCCUCAGAAAGAAUACGCGAAGCCUGCGCAGCGCAACAACUUUAUUUCCGGUAAAGAUCUGUGGGAUCGCCUUUCAUCGAUUAUGAGCGCAUUGGACAGUCGCGAUACGAUGACAAAGUGCUGUUACGACUUCUCUGAGCUGCUGAACGUUGAUAGAGAAGUGAAGGUUGGCGAAGAUGAAGACGGACUCGAUGCUGCGCUGAUCGAUGCCGGUUACGAGACUCCGACGGACAACGGUGAUGAUGCUCGACGAUCCGCAUCAGUUCCGACGAGUGGACGCGGCAGGAAAAGGAAGAAUAAUUCGACCUUGGGCAAUACACCGAAGAAGCCAAAGGGGCGGCUGCAGGGUGGUAAGAAUAAGAAGAGAAGCUCCGGAACGCCGGACAUUGACGACGAUUCGAGUUAG